AACCAGCUCCUAGGCCGUCUUCCGGCAGGAGCUGUGCCGCUCCUUAUCAUGGGGACAAUUCAUCUCUUUAGAAAACCACAAAGAUCUUUUUUUGGCAAGUUAUUGCAGGAAUUUAGACUUGUAGCAGCUGAUCGAAGGUCCUGGAAGAUACUGCUCUUUGGUGCAAUAAACUUAACAUGUACUGGCUUCCUGCUAAUGUGGUGCAGUUCCACUAAUAGUAUAGCUUUAACUGCCUAUACUUACCUGACCAUUUUUGAUCUUUUUAGUUUAAUGACAUGUUUAAUAAGUUACUGGGUAAUGAUGAGGAAACCUAGCCCUGCCUAUUCAUUUGGAUUUGAAAGAUUAGAAGUCCUGGCUGUAUUUGCGUCCACAGUCUUGGCACAAUUGGGAGCUCUCUUUAUAUUAAAAGAAAGUGCAGAACGCUUUUUGGAGCAGCCUGAGAUACACACGGGAAGAUUAUUAGUUGGUACUUUUGUGGCUCUUUCUUUCAACCUGUUCACAAUGCUUUCUAUUCGGAAUAAACCUUUUGCUUAUGUCUCUGAAGCUGCUAGUACGAGUUGGCUUCAGGAGCAUGUUGCAGAUCUUAGUCGAAGCUUGUGUGGAAUUAUUCCAGGACUUAGCAGUAUCUUCCUUCCCCGAAUGAAUCCAUUUGUUUUGAUUGAUCUUGCUGGAGCAUUUGCUCUUUGUAUUACUUAUAUGCUAAUUGAAAUUAAUAAUUAUUUUGCUGUAGAUACUGCAUCAGCCAUAGCCAUUGCUCUGAUGACAUUUGGCACUAUGUAUCCCAUGAGUGUGUACAGUGGGAAAGUAUUACUCCAGACAACACCACCCCAUGUUAUUGGUCAGUUGGACAAACUCAUCAGAGAGGUAUCUACGUUGGAUGGAGUUUUGGAAGUCCGAAAUGAGCAUUUUUGGACCUUAGGUUUUGGCUCAUUGGCUGGAUCUGUUCAUGUGAGAAUUCGACGAGAUGCAAAUGAACAAAUGGUUCUUGCUCAUGUGACCAACAGGCUGUACACACUAGUAUCUACUCUGACUGUUCAGAUUUUCAAGGAUGAUUGGAUCAGGCCUGCCUUACUGUCUGGGCCUGUUGCAGCCAAUGUCCUAAACUUUUCAGAUCAUCACAUAAUCCCAAUGCCUCCUUUAAAGGGUACUGAUGAUUCCAACCCUGUUACAUCAACUCCAGCUAAACCCAGUAGUCCACCUCCAGAAUUUUCAUUUAACACCCCUGGAAAAAACGUGAGCCCAGUUAUUCUUCUUAAUACUCAAACAAGACCUUAUGGUUUGGGUCUUAAUCAUGGACACACACCUUAUAGCAGCAUGCUUAAUCAAGGACUUGGAGUUCCAGGAAUUGGAGCAACCCAAGGAUUCAGGACUGGUUUUACAAAUAUACCAAGUAGAUAUGGAACUAACAAUAGAAUUGGACAACCAAGACCAUGAUGUACUGUAAUUUAAUUUAUUUUUAUGAGGAAUAUUGACUCCUUGGCUUUCAGUUUAUUUAGUAAUCCAACGUUGCAUCGACUGUUAAAUCAUUUAAUUAGAGAAUAGUAGGUUUGUUCACAUUUCAUGAAACCAAUGAAACUAUAUUUUUGUAAAAUGUAUUUGGGGCAGUGAGAACCUUCUAAAUGUUAUAGGCUUUAAAUAGGCUUCCUUUAGAAAGCUGUUUCUCUAAAUUUGAAUUUUGCUAUCUUUGGUUUCGUAGUUGACUGCAGUGUGAUAUAACACUACCUUUAUAAGAGAGCCACUUGAUAGAGUGGAUCUGUCACAUUAUUAAAAAUAUAAUACUUUCUUCAGUGAAAUUUAUAAACAUGCUUCUUGAGUACACAUUUUAGGAAAAGAAAAAAUCCAUUUUAAAAGUAAAAGUCUCUUUUAUAGAUUUUCCAAACAUAAUUGCUACAUUUUCCUUUGAGGUCCUCCUGAAUUAUGUCUUGCAAAGUAGAAGCAAACAUUUUUAUCAGAAAUUUUAAAACAUAUUUUACCAUCUGGCACAAUUUAAAAUUUUUCAGUUUUUUAAUAGUUUUUCUCAUUAAAAAAUUUCAGUACAUUUGUAAGUGGCCCAUCAUUCUCAAAGUGUUUUAUUUUGGUUAAAUAAUACCAAAUCCUUAGGUGAUAUGCAGUGAAGGAAUCCCAGUUUUCUGUCUUACAUUUAACCAAAUACUGACAUAAUGAUAGAUUUAUCUUUUUUGUCACCUUUUCAUUGGUUGACUUUAAUUCCUCAUUUUAUUAACAAAAUAUAUCACAUAUAUUACCAGAAUAGGUGGAAUUCCAUACGUAGUAAUACGAUUUAAUCUUUUUUCAAAGUUGCAUGAACAAUUUGAGUUUACAUUAUAUAAUUUUACCAAAACAUAGUGGACCCUAGGUUAUAGAAUACAGUAUUGUUAUAUCUGCAUUAGGCAGUUUCUAACUUACUUUGUUUUGCUUUAUUGAAAAGUGAAUCAAAGUGUGAGAAUCAUGUAAAUUAUUUUUAAAUUAUUUUCCAAAUGCAAAUGUUAAGGACUUUCUAACAUGGCCAGCAUUACUUAUAAAAAGUAUAACAAGCAGCCGUCACAGAUUACCUAUGAGAUUUUUUUUCAUUUUAUCAUGAGUUUUAUAAUUAGGUUUUAAAAACGGAUUUUGAGAGUGGAUUCAACUUUUCUAGAAUCCAGUACUCCUGAAGAUUUCUGACAUUUCCAGCCAUCAGCAGCUAUCUAGAGAAGAUUUUUUUUUUUUUAGAUUUUGCAAGUUUCUUCAAUAAACUCAUCCUCUUUUAAAUAUGAGCAACAGUCCCAAAUCCUGUUUCUUUACAGUAGAAUCAUAAACAUCUAAGAAGCCAUCUCUGUCGAGCAGAAUUGUAGUCAUCCUGUGAUAAGUGACAAUGUCCCAAAUAACUUUUGCUUGAUGAGGAGUUGAUCAUUGUCUUUGACAUCUGCAACCCUGUUCAGGCACUUGACCUGCUGAAGAAAUAGAGCCCACGCUACCUUGACUGCCGGGGAAAGUGAAACUUUGUAAAAUGUGAUAAGGCAACCUGUUCCUUGACAUUUGUCUUAUGUUCUCCAACUAUUACUAUACCUAUUAUUGGUCUACUAUUACAGGGUGAUUUUUCCUCCAUUGACCUCAUCUAAACGUGAAUUCGGGUCAUGCAUGAAAUCUGAAGAACUGCCGUGUACUGAGUGAUGAUUAAGAGGUAUGUGCUGCCAUGCUAUGCAUGUCUUCUCCAUCUCCAGGGGAUUUUUAAAGUGCCCAGGUACUGAACACAGUUCUGUGAGAUGUUAAAUGCCUAUUUCCUCAACACCCAUUUAGAGGUAACACCCGUGCAAUUAAUUGUCCUUCCAAAGGUGCUUUGAUACCCACCUACACUAUUUGAGAAGUUGCAUAUGGGUUCUGAAAGAAUUGGCUCUACUUGCUGAAAUUCAGUAUUGCCAACUGCUUCAGGUGGCAUUGUUCCAGGCAUUAUUAUAUAAAGAAGUCAUAUUUGCCAAGAUCUGACCAGGUUCUGGAUAUGAAAAUAAGAAGCUUGCCCAGCAUAGGCCUAGAUGUAGUAGCCUUACUAGUAAAUCUUGCCACAGAGUUACUUGAAGCUAGACAAAGAAGCAAGUUUGAAUUAAGUACUUGACCCAUGGUUUGUGAUUAAGAGCAAGCUUCAUGGAAUAUGAUUAAUCCUGUUUGAGAAAUUGCUAUCAUUUAACUUCUAUGAGGUUUCUCAUCUGUAAAGUUAGGGUGAGAGAUGAAGUAGUUGAUCUGGAAACUAUCAGCUCUAAAAUUGUAUGACUAAAUCUGCCAAAUAUAUGCUCACUUGUGAAACGGAA